UUUCCCAAUAAAAAUUUUGGUUACAAUUGGGCACAUAUAUAGCUCGUUCCAUUUUGUCGUGCCUUUCUUCACACUCUCCAUUGAGCUUCCAACUUUUUCUCCGUCCUAAAAAUUUUCAUCAGUGAAUAGCAACAAUGGCGGAGAAAGGAGGAAAAGGGUUUUCUUUGCCGAAAAGUGGAAAGUCUACUCUGAAAUCCCCUGCAUCCAAAGGGAAGGAUGAUAGCUCAGCGAAGUCCAAAAGAGGAAGGAAAGUUCAGUUUGAUUCUGAAGGAUCGCUUGAUACCAAUUCCACAAAAUCAAAUGGAAAAGCUGAUAUACCAUCUUUCAAAGGUGAUUUGGGCAAAGCCGGGAAAGGAGAGAAAGCUGGCAGUGCUGGUAAAAGUCAAAAAGCAAAAGCACCUGAUCCCUUGGAGCUGAGAGUUGAGCAAGAACUUCCAGCCAAUACAACAUGCCUGAUGGAUUGUGAAGCUGCUGAUAUUUUGCAAGGAAUCCAAGAGAGCAUGGUGGUAUUGUCUGAUGAUCCAGCUAUAAAACUACCUGUUUCAUUUGACAGGGGAUUGGCAUAUGCUCAAAGGAACAGGCUUUAUGAUAAUCCCCAGGCUGUUAAACAAAUACUCGAGCCUCUAAAACAGCAUGGCGUUUCUGAUGGGGAGCUUUGCAUGAUUGCCAACUUUCCCUUGGAAUCUGUUGAUGAAGUGUUUGCUCUUGUUCCCUCAUUUAAGAAUAAAAAGAGCAAGCUGAGAGUUCCCCUCGAGAAUGUCUUGGCUGAACUAGCCAAACUCAGAAAGGCAGCAUAAAUGGCUCAAGAGGAGCAUUCUAUGGUACUCGUCCAGAGGGUUCUGUU